ACGAAGAAAGACGGUCAAUGACACGCCCGCUGACCAAUAGCGAAUGGAGUUGUUCCACAUGUAACGCCACGCCCUUUUCGGUUUUCUCUGCCCUCUCGGCUUCCUCUCUUCCGUGCAAGCAUUGCAUUAGAAGACGUUGACGGCUGGUCUGCUCGGACGGACUCCCCUCUUACGCCUGCCUCCGCGACGACCAGGUUCUCCAUCUCUCUCCUCCUCAGAUCCGAAAGGUUCAGAGCCUAUCGAUCUAUCGGCUAAAGAACAGAAGGAAAUCGACGAGAGAAAGAAACGAAGGUAGAGAGAUGCCCAAUUGGGAGCUCAAGCACUGCUGCGACCACGAGCAGUCCGUCUUCAUCGUCACCAUUGCCGUCUUCACCGUCGUCAUCCUCGCCUUGUGGAGGACAGUGCUGCUGACACCUUUCAAGCUCAUCACGGUGUUUCUCCAUGAGACGAGCCAUGCUCUCGCCUGCAAACUAACAUGCGGUGAUGUUGAAGGCAUACAGGUACAUGCAAAUGAGGGUGGAGUCACACAAACUCGUGGUGGGAUCUAUUGGAUCAUUUUGCCAGCUGGAUAUCUUGGCUCAUCAUUCUGGGGAAUGGUUUUCAUUCUUGCAUCUACUAAUCUUCUCACAACGAGAAUUGCUGCUGGUUGCUUCCUGCUUGCAUUGCUUGUUGUACUAUUUGUUGCCAAAAAUUGGUUGCUUCGUGGACUUUGUAUAGGCUUUAUCAUAUUUCUUGCAAUUGUUUGGCUUCUGCAAGAAACUACCAAGGUUCGCAUUCUUCGCUUCGUCAUUCUGUUUAUAGGUGUCAUGAACAGCUUAUUUUCUGUCUAUGAUAUCUAUGAUGAUUUAAUUUCUCGAAGAGUUCACUCGAGUGAUGCCGAGAAAUUUGCUGAAAUUUGUCCUUGCCCUUGUAAUGGUGUUGCAUGGGGAGUUAUUUGGGGUCUAAUAUCAUUUACAUUCCUUUGUGGAUCCAUUUACCUUGGUCUUGUUAUUCUCUCUUAAGGUCUCAUGCGUAUGCCUCGAUCCGGAUAUGCUCAGAUUGGAUUGAAUGUGCUAUUCUUGGCAGAUUGCCAUUAAAUUGAAUAGUGCCAGAUUCAUUUGACUUUCAUCAUUUCUGGGUUAUCAUUUGAGACUUGGGUUUCUCUUGACAAUACUGAUGUUUCCUGUAAUCUGCAUAGCAAAUCAUUCUUUGCAACUUGUGCCACCACUCUAAUUUAUUGCUUCAUUUGACACUAACACUUGGUAAUGUUCAUGUCUCCUAUCA